UUUACUAAAAUAGAAUCUAGGAUCCUGGCUGAUAUUACUGAUAAGAUCUCAUCUACAUCUAGAUCUAUAUACAUGGUCUAGAUCUAAAAUAAAAUUUAGUCUAAAUGAUUAGGCUUGGCUUAGGCAAGACAGGGACUUUAAUUAAUAAAGAAUAUUAAAGAUCCAUUAGACUGACUAGUCUAGAUUUAAAUUUAACUGUGAAGUCACUCGACACCCACUUCAGUUACAGUGACUUACUGACUUAGCCUUAGCGCCCUUAGUAAAGCCUUAGCCUUACCUCAGUAAUACUCAAGUUUUUCUUGUUUGUGACUCACAAUGAUGAUGGAAGAGGAAGAAGAAACUUUGUUUGAUCAAGAGAAUUUGCUUAACAAUCAGAACGAUGUUAGGGAAGAAAGAGAUAUGAAAAUGAGAAGAUUCAAAAAGACAUUGGCUAUCUCUAUGGCAUUUUUUUGCCUGGGUCUGUGUAUUGCCAUUCCUGGACCAACACUGAUAGAGCUGGGUAGGAAUGUUCAGAGCAACACAGAACACAUGUCCUACAUUUUCACUGCACGUUCUAUUGGUUACCUCAUUGGCUCUGUGGUUGGAGGCAUCCUCUUUGACUUCUUUGAUCAGCAGCUUCUGCUGUUCUAUACACUAGCCUCUACGACUUUGGCCACAGUGGGGAUCCCAUGGUGCAAUGCUUUGUUGGCGCUGUCUCUUCUGAUUUGCAUUCAAGGGAUAGCUGUUGGUGUUCUGGACACAGGGGGCAAUGUUUUUUGCAUAAAGAUUUGGGGAAAAAAAAGUGCACCUUACAUGCAGCUCUUGCAUUUCUCUUUUGGAGUGGGAGCGUUCUUAGCCCCUCUCAUUGUGGAGCCUUUCUUCCUUGGCAACUCAGGAUAUAAUGAAUCCUCUAAGGUGGGCCCCUACUGGGGACAGUACAAUAACAAGAUGAACAACCCAAGAUAUGUGAGAGAAAUUUCAUUAGAUUCCAUGGCCCCUACUGGUUUCAAGAAUGCUGAUAUUCUGAUUUACAGAUUUAGACGCCAGAUUUCUGGUGAUGUUAAACAGAAUGAUUCUGCAUUGCUGCUUGAGGACAUAGAUAAUACUACUUUGCUUAACAAAACAGAUGAAACUCCUUUGCCAUUACCAACUGAAAAGCCUCGGCCUCAUAAGCCCACUGUAAUUGAACCAAAUAACCUGAGUAAAGAUCAUGCUGAUUCCGAAGUGAUUAAAAGUCAAUUAAUAGAUAUUAUUGACAAUAAAAAACAAAAUCCGGGUACAGCAGCACCACCACCAGUGAGUGUACAAUCAGCCACUAAAGCUGAUGAGCUUGCCUCCAAUGUAAGUUUAAGUAAUAGCUCAGAUGCAUUCUUGUCUAACCAGUCGAAGGUUAAUGUGACCUUGGAGAUUACAUCUGCUGUGGCUUCUGUUUUGCCCUCUAGUUCUUCCAUAACCACCACAGAACCUACUACAACAACUUCAACUGCAUCAACAACAACUACAUCAACAACUACCACUUCGUCAACUACCACAACUACAUCAACUUCAACAACAACAUUGCUCACAGCAGUGCCAACAUCACAACCCCCAUCUACGAAGUCUAUUAUAACCUCUAGCACAAAUGGUCCUGCCACAAAGCCUAGCGCAACUUUUGACAACAUCUCCUCCAUGAGUACCAAUGUCACCAAACCAGAAGCCAUAAACAGAAAUCUGUUAAACCAUGUCAUAGAGGAAUUAAAAAGUUUAUCUAUUUCAAAGAUUCAGUUUGCUUAUCUAACUAUAGGAUUUCUAUUAGCUGUCAAUGCUGCCUUCUUUCUUUUCCUUCACUACCAGGACCUGCGCUCCAACAUCCCGUUACGCCCCUUGGCUCAGUUGGACCUCACCAGGCAGCCGGACUCUAGGCUGUAUAAAGUGUCUAUUCUUGGACUACUUUUCCUCUUCUUUUUAGUUUAUGUUGGCCUUGAAGUCACAUUUGGAGGCCUAAUCACAACGUUUGCAGAGGAUUUCACUCCCACUGCUACAAAAGGAGCUACAUUGGCAGCAACAUUUUGGGGUUGCUUGGCUUGCGGAAGGGGAGUCAGUAUUAUAAUUGCUCGCUACUUCAAGCCUCCUUGCAUGAUUGUGGCCAACUUGAUCCUGACAAUAACUGGAGCCUGUUUGUUAAGUUUUUCCAUCUCCAGUAGUAACUCUGUGAUUUGGGUGGGCACUGUGCUCUUUGGUCUUGGCAUGUCUUCUAUUUACCCGACUGCCAUCACCUGGGCUGAUACAUACUACCCAUUAACUGGAAAAGCCACUGCUGUGUUUGUUGCUGGUUCAGGCAUUGGGGAGAUGACCCUUCCCAUGUUUACAGCCUACUUGUUUCAGAACUUUGAUAGGAUGUACCUGAUGUAUAUGUGCCUGACUUUGUCUUCACUGCUGGUGCUGCUUUACAUUAACCUGCAGGUCGUGGCCUGCAAGAGAACACGAUCCACUGCAGGGCGAUCCCACUCUGGGUUUAUGCGUCUGCAGAACAGUGAGGAGAUGGCAGAUGCUCUAGACAUGAACUCAUUAAGCGUAACAGAGAAUGGUCUGACGGAGACACUGCGGAGGAGGGAUGUUAACAGCACUGAUGAUGAUAAAAGGAAGCAGAUCGGAGGAGCACAUGAUAUGGCAGAGUUUACCAAGUUGAUUGACAUGAGUGACUAAACUAAUUUAUGUUUUGUGCACAUAUGUUAUGAUUGGCCUGAGUAAUUAGACUUCUUAUAUCCACAUAUAUUGUGAUUUUGUUAUGUAUGGUAUACAUAAAAUUGACCAUAUUGCCAAUUACUUGUGAUUACAUAUAAAUACUCUCAUUCCUUAUACUAUUUUAAUCUAGCGUAAUAUAUCCUUUCAUUUUACCUUUGUUUUGAUUUUAAAUGUUCCUUUUUUUUCUUCUGUUCAUUUGAUUCACCACAUUUUGUACAUUAUUUCCAUUUAUACUUGAUUGUUUUUCAACCUGUUACUUUUCCCAAUUUUCUUUAAUUCCUGUUACAACGUGUAGUUUAAUGUAAGUGGAAGUGAAAAAUAUUCUAACAAAAUCCAGUUGACAUAUCAAUCCUGCUGUAGUCUAGUCUA